AGGCAUACACUGUGGAAUUCGCGGGGUCGGCUACUCAGCGACAAACAGCGUUUGUAGGGGAGGAAUCCACUACAACGGUGUCUACUCUACUGUCGGGGGCACACUCACACCAGGCGGUCGCUAGAGGACGGACACUCUGUAAACAAGCAAACUGCAGGGAUGGACGUGUUGAAGCUAUUUUCCUGGGAACAUUCCUUGGAAGCAAUUGAGCAGCUUGAAACCCUUUUACAAUGUAACAUCUGUAAAGAAAUGGCUGCAGACCCUCAGUGUUUGGGACGAUGUGAUCACUUCUUUUGUUCUGGGUGUAUCAGAAAUGUAGAAAAUAUCUGCCCAAUUUGUAAGAUCCCAGCACCCCCCUGUGAGAUAAAGCCAGAUCGUAUCAUCUCUGGGCUGAUUUCUUCUUCCAAGGACCUGAGGAACCUCAUUGAUGGUGGGCAGAUUGAAGGUAUAUCACCAGGAUUAGAGGCCCCAGCUGAUAUUCAUUGUUCCCCUGAGAGGCAGAAGAGAUCUUCCAUACCCCUGCAAAAUGUUACUCCUCAGUCUUCUGCUAAUUCAUCUAUCAAGAACCAAACCAUUAACACCAGCCAUCUUAAUGACAGUAAAAUGAAAAAUAAGAAAGGUGGACAAAAUCAAGGUAAAAUUAAAAAAGGGAGCUUAUGUAAUAACAAAGUUGGAAAGAAAGUAAAACCAGCUUUAAAACACGAUGAAACAAGGAGCAACUCCAGUGGCAGGAAAUCCCCAACUCAGUCUGCAGUCAACAGCUCAAACACAAAACCAGAUAAAAGUCUUCCAGUGAUUCCUGUUACCCCAGAAUGCAAGAAGUUGCUGAAAUUACCUGACCAAAGUGUAUUGGGAAAGAGCCCCAUCUCUAUGGCCAUUAAUAAGAGGAAUACAAAGGGAGAAACAGCACUCCAUAUUGCAUGUAUUAAGGGAGAAAAUGAGAGAGUGCUUCAUCUACUGGGAGAAGGAGCAAACCCAAAUACAAAAGACAAUGCAGGAUGGACCCCCUUGCAUGAAGCUUGCAGCCAUGGCUUUCAAGGGAUUGCUGAACUUCUUUUGCAACAUGGAGCAAUAGUAGAUGUACCUGCAGGCAGUAAUGAGAAUCCACUUCAUGAUGCUGUGUCUCAAGGUCAAGUAGAGUUGGUCAAGCUUCUCAGAUCAUGGGGCGCCAGUGAUACAGCGAGGAAUCUCUUUGGCCGUACACCCAGGUCCCUGGCUUCCCUGUGUGUGGGAGUUACAGAACUAAAUAAUGCUCUUGAUACUCCAGUGGACACAUCCUUGAAACGACCAGAAGUAAUGAAGCCCCUUCUGAACAGAAUUGUGCUCUCUGGUUGUGGGUUGUCUACUGAGCAGACUAGAAUAUUAGAUAACCUGGCCAAAGAAUUGCGAGCAAGGAUGGUGACUGAUUUUAGCCCAGAAGUGACACACAUUAUUGCCAACUGUAUGACAGAGAGAAUUGUUCAUCAGCGGACACUCAAGUAUAUGAUGGGAGUGGUGUCAGGCAAAUGGAUCCUUUCUCACACAUGGAUGGAUGAUUGUGUUUCCCAAGAGGUAGCAUUGAAUCCACAACCUUAUGAAGUACUUGGUUCUACUCACAACACUUUUAGUUGUGCACCUAAAAAAGCAAGAAUCAAUGCAGAAAUAAUGCGCCCGGGUCUUUUCAAUGGCUGCCACAUGUUCCUUUGGGGAAAUUUCUCUGACCCUUAUCCAUCUAGGAAGGAGCUAGAAACACUGAUUAAAGCAGGUGGUGGAAUAGUCUUGGCCAGAGAACCUAACCCAGAGAGUAUACCAGAAAAGGAGCAGACUGUGCCUUUUCACAGCAAUGUAGAUGACCCACUGGGUAAUUGCUCCCACUACAUUUUAUACCAGGAAGGUAAUUCAGAGCCACAGAUUAAGUAUGACAUGGCACAUAUCAAGUCUUUGCCUUUAAUUUGGCUUUAUUCCUGUAUUGAGCGAUUUCAGCUUUUGCCGCCUUUUAUAUAAUGUCUGUAUCAAGGGGAAAUCAUUCAGAACAUAAAAAUUAUUUCAUGUGCUGUAAAUGAAAUCAGGAUUCCUCAUUUUUCGAUUCCAUAUGUUUCUACAUAUUUUACUUCUCUUCUGUGAAUAUUUCUGUAUUAACCAAAUUAUCUCUUUAUUUAGGUUUUUAUUUUUUUGUGUUCCAUGCAUUUGGGCAAGAAGGAACGAUAUUAAAAGAUGGAAAUGAGAGUGCAAUCAUCUUAAUUUGUUUUAUAAAUGGGUAAAGGUAAGGUCCAUACACAUGCUGCAGUGUUCAUUUGUGUUACAAUCUCUUACCCUAAGCUCUCCAGUAAUCUGCAGUGGAUGGAUUCAUUGCUUUAGAGAAAAAGACGGUAGUUUAUGCUAUGUGGCUUGGCUUCAGAUAUGGACCUGUUCAUGACAUGGAACAAUUGAGGAUAUGUGUGUUAAACUUUUCUUAGGCUGCAUCAUCUUGGUAUUUAUCUCUUGUUUGUAAAUUCCUCUUGUUUAUUGACCUUCACUCACAUACCAGUAAUUGUAUUCUACAGCAGAAUGUUUUCACUUCAAGAUAUUCUUGAAAUUUAGGCUUUGUUCCUUGGUGGUAACUAGGGAUGUGUAGGAUGCUCAUUAUCCAGUCUAUCUGGCCAUUUUAUUAUCUCAGUAGGUAGCUGGAUAUUUUUAAAAAAAUUUGAGAAGAUGGAAGCAAUAAUAUUCCUUGGUGGUGAUUCUCCUCAGGAAAUGAACAAUAAGAAAUAUUUUCAACUAAGUUCUCAAAUAAUAGUGUGAAAAGACAAAAAUGCUCUAGUUGUGUGCAGUGAUGGAACUUUUUGUUGAUACUUAAUAAGUUGAAAUACAUUUAGAUGUUUAGGGGGAGUGGUAUGAACUUUCUGUAAUAUUUUUAAAAAUUUGUAGAACAUUCCAAGAUUUGAAUUUAGAUAAUAACUCCUUUGUUAGUGUACAAUAAUAAGCUCUUCAUUGACGUCUCACUCGUUGUAAUACUUUAAAAACAAACCAAAUAGGAAACUUAACUUUGCGAGAUGUAUGAAAUACAGUAACUGAUUGUGAUGAAGCCAGGAGUGAUGUAUGACAACCACCUAGUAGUGCUUGUUGUGUUGUAACAACCAACAUUUAAAAAUGUUUAUAUCAUGUUCUAAACUGGAAAAACAGCACGUCUCACUUGUCACUUAACAGUGAAUGACUUUUGUAGAGAUUUUCAACUUGUACCAAACUGGCUGAAUAGAGUAUCAAGUAGUUUUCAUGGACACUAUAUUGUUAGCUGUUUGAUGCUUCUGGUUUAAUUUCAGUGUACGGUAAUACCUCAGUUUAUGUCACCCUCUUUUGUGUCAUCUUGAAAAUACUGUGUCACUUAAUUUAUGCCACUACCUGAAUUACGUUUCAUCAACCCUGUCCUUCCAUUGCUGAUGGCAUCCAUUGUCUUUGUAUUUAGUCUCCUGAGUCACCAACUCUUACAUCUCUUUAGCCACCUAACUGUGCAGAUUAGUGUCAUGCUUAUUUCAAUACAGAAAUUCAUGGUGCACUUGAAGUGAAGAGUGUACAGGCUUUUCCAAUCUUACUUGACAGCUGGCCCACCCUACCAUCCAGUGAUGAGCAGUAAAGAAGUAUAUUUACUUUUUUAAUUUACUUAAGUAGCUUUUCAGUAACUAUUUUAUAUUUUGAAGUACAGGUAUACCCCAUAAACUGACGUCCCAUAAACCGAUGCUUCUCAUAACCGAUGAUUUCAUAAUGGGAAAAUGCCCCGCAAGUUUUGUUAAUCUUGCGAUUAUGGGAGGAGUGGCAGGGCUCUCUUGAGUUUGAUGGGCGGUGAAUUCUCAAGACUGUACAGUAUAUACAGUAUAUUGUUCAUAUCUCUUUCUCUUCUUUUCUAUUUUCUUCUUUCUCUUUCUUUUUUCUCUUAUCUUUAUCCUCUUCUUUCUCUUCUCUUCUCAUAUUUUCUUUCUUGUCUCAUGUUUUAUUUCUCUUCUCUUACCUUAUGUUGUUUCUUUUCUCUUAUCUUGUUUCUCUUCUAUUUUCUUUUCUUUUCUCUUCUCUCCGACUUUGCGUGUUAGAUGUGCUAUGCAAUCAUGCCGAAAUGCCCCAGCGAUACUUCCUCUUCUGUUUAACCCAGAAACGAUGGCUACCUAAGUAAAGUAUAUACAGUAUUGUCUUUGAUGGGAUAGUGAGGUCUAAUCAAAUAUGACCUAGGCCUAACGAGAGCUAAUAGAUAUGAGAUAACAUGAUGUGUGUGACUGGAUGUUGCCACGAUCGCAAGUUCAUUUUUAUUUUUAUUAUCAUACAGUCGUCUCAUGAUAAACUAUUAUGGGGUAUGUUUAAUCAUAAAUAAUAUAAAAUACAAUACUAAAUAGAACAAAAUAUGACAAGCCAAAUAACAAGGGAAGAGGAUUUCCUUGUGAUUUGGCUUGUCUUUUAUUUUGAAGUCAAGUUAUAUACUGUGCUAUCAUAAUUUGUUCUAUUAUUUAAUACUGUGUGUUAUAUUAUUUAUGAUGAAACAUACACCAUAAUAGGAUGAUUAUAUGAGAUUUUUGUAUAAUAAUGAACAAUUAAAAACGAACUUGUGAUCGUGGCAAUGGCCAGUCCCACACAUCAAGUGUAGUCUGUACCAAUUAGAUCUUGUUAGACCUACAUUACAUCUGGUUAGACCACACUAUCCCCAUUAAAGACAAAUAUAUACUCUAUUUAAAAAGCUAGCCAUUGUUUAUGGGUAUUUAGGCAUGAUUUCAUAACACACAAAGUCAGAGAGAAGAGAAGAUAAGAGAAAGAAGAAAAUAGAAAAGAAAGAAGAUAAGAGAAGAGAGAGAAAAAAGAGAAGAGAGAGAUCUGAACAACAUAUACACUGUAGAGUCUUGAUUCGCAAAAUACAAAUUUGCGUAUGUGUUCAUGGCAAGAAUUUGCACCACACCACCGUGCGCCAAACUCAGAAGUGCUAUUGCCACUCCCCCUCCAGUCGUCAGUUCAACAGGGUAGUCCGUGAAACUUGCGAGGUAUUUCCCUAACAUAUACUCAUUGGUUAUGCGAAGCAGCAGAUAAGGAGCCGUUGGUUUACGGGGUAUACCUGUACCAGUAACUUUUUUUAUAAUACUUUUAUAUAAGUAAUUUUAGCCCCAUUGUGUAUGGUUCCCCUAUGAGCCAAGUAAAAUAUUAAAAAGUGGCAUCCCCAUAGUAAGGGGAAAUAUAUAGUACAGGUACUUUUUACUCGAGUAAUUUAAUUUUACUGCCGUUAUUCAUUAUAAUGUGAAAAUGAAUAAACCAAUUAGAUCAUAGCAAAAGAUCCUUGAGGUUGUUUCGGUUAAUCCAGUUUCCUGCCACCUGAAACUCGGAAGCAUUGUUGCAUUGUGGAUGAUACAGAGGACAUCACAGCCAAAACAUAUGAACAUUGGUUGAGAAUACUUCUCCUUGGCUGUAUUUAGAUGAUAAGUUUUUCAAAGUAAAGUCAAUCAACAGAAAAUCAGUGAAAUUUCAGUACAAUAUAUGUAUUAGUUUUGUCAGCCAAGGUUAUUGAAAAAUGACUGUUACUGAAACUUAAUUUUAAGUUCUGACAGUAUGAUUCACUGUAUAAUGCAUACCAUUUUUUUGCUGUAUAAUUUAAUAAAUAUCUGCAACAGUU